AUGCCAGAGCUUCCAGAGGUCGAACGUGCACGCAGACUUAUCGAAGAGACGUGCACCGGCUACGUCAUCGAGGAGGUCAAUGCGGUUGUGGACAGCAUUGUCUUUGACGGCGCAGACAAUGUCGAGUUUGAGCUGCAGGGGAGGACCAUUACUGGAUGCGAGCGGAGAGGCAAGCAGUUCUGGAUGACACUAUCGGGGGAUGGAAGGUACCCACUCAUGCACUUUGGAAUGACGGGCAUGAUCCAGGUCAAGGGACAGGAGCCGACAUGGUAUCGUCGAAAGGUCAACCUCGGCGAGACGCGCGACUCGUGGCCUCCGCGGCUCAAGGCCCCAACGGCGGCUGAUGAGCCUCGUGAGCUGGCAUUCAUUGACCCUCGCCGACUGGGACGGUUGAGACUUGUACCCAACCCCGUCACAGCCCACCCGCCUAUUUCUGAGCUGGGGUUCGAUCCAGUCCUCGACCACCCAUCACUAGACGAGUUCAAGCAACUUCUUCUUAAGAAGAAGGGAGCGGUCAAGGGUGUCAUCAUGGACCAGUCGUUCAGCGCCGGUGUCGGCAACUGGGUCGCAGACGAAGUACUGUAUCAGGCCCGCAUCCAUCCCCUAUGCCCUGUCCCAGCGCUCACAGAGCACGACCUUUCUGAGCUCCACCGUCUCCUGCGCGAGAUCCCCCUCAAGGCCAUCGAAGUCAAUGCCGAUUCGAGCUUGUUCCCUGACAGUUGGCUAUUCCGGUUCAGGUGGGACAAGGGGAAGAAGAAGCCAAAGGGCAAGAAGAUCAAGGCAGAAGUCGAAGGUGGUGAGGAGGAUAGCAAGCCAGGAGUUCCACAGUUCCUCCUCUUGCCGGAUGGAAAGCCCGCAACAAUAGCGUUUGUCACUGUGGCUGGGCGCACCAGCGCGGUAGUCACCGAGCUCCAGAAACUGCCAUCUGAAAUCAACGGCAAAUCAAAGGCACCCAAGGCGGCAAAGGCGGCAAAGUCACCGGUCAAGGGCCGUGUCAUAAAGCGCAAGCGUGGAGAUACGUCGAGCGAGCUGAGCGAGCUGAGCGAGGAGGUGGAGGAGGUGGAGGAGGUAGAGGAGGAAGAGGAAGAGGAGGAGGAGGUUAUUGUCAUCAAGAGCUCUCGCACCGAGCGUGCCGCCGCACGAGCCACCAAAGUGGAGCGAGAAGUAACAUUAGCCGUCAAGAGGCGUCGGUGA